UUGGAGGGACAAAACUUAUUCAUAGAUGGAGAGAAUACUGUUAAGAGUGUGUUUGUUGCCGAUUUUGUUGACUAGCUCUCAAAAUGGAAAUGUAGAUGAAUAUGAAACCGUUCCAGCUCCGCCGCAAGAUCUCUCGUCAGAUUGUGACAUUGAAGAUACGAAGCUUUUACCUGACCCUUGGAUUGAAACGGACGACGUAACUGGAUAUGUUGACAACCUAAUCGCUGGAAAACCACUGGAAACUUUUGAUGGCCUUCUGUAUGAAAAAUUCCGUCAAACCCAUGAGUUCUGUGACUUUUUGACAUCCUAUGAGCCUGAGGUGGGACAGUGGCACUAUGUCCCAGCAGUGUGUGUCCCAGCCGCUGAAUGCCUAGAGUCAAAGCCAUUUUUUCUGACAAAAUGGGGAAAUAAAACAUGCAGAAUCGUGGGCCAUGAUUCUGCUGGAUUGUAUCCUGAUCACAUAUCAUCCAUCAUAGCUGAAACAUUUGUGUGCUGCCCAAUCAACGGCACCAAACUGUGGAAGCAUUACCAACUGGCGAACAACCAGGUGAAGCCAGAUCGAAGCCAUACAGAGUUUGCAGAAGUUCCGACCAGCUUAGAGGAAUAUCGCGGACUCUGGGUGCCUUACUACCAUGUUUCCGGCCGCAACUUUGACUAUUUGAACAAAGCAGAUCAGAGGAAACUAACUACGUUCUUUAAUCGCAAGAAUUAUGAUGCAUUUAACACUGCUCAAGUUUGUGGUUUUGCAAGAGGGGAGCCUUUGGGGGUAAAAGACAAUAGGAUAAUAUUCUCCUGGUUCCCAUACUUGUGUGUGAAGCCUGAAGACUGUGGCAAGGCAAAAGCGAGUGGGAAGGAUCCGCUACCACCAGCCAAUCCAUUGUGGCACCAGUUUUGUCAGCAGAAGUUCACACCAGUGCAGAACCCUCGCAGAGACGUAGUAUAUUAUGAACCGUUGAACCAUUACCCGGUAUCAAACAGAUAUCACCAUUGCUGUCACAUCAAUGAUAUGGGAAACAAGUUUCUGAAGACUCCAAAUGAUGUUUAUGUCCCAGUCCCUCAAAUCCCAACCUUCUUCAACAUAGCACCGGGUGUACGCAGCGUUUAUAAAUGUGAGGAGUACGCAAAGCAAGUUUGUCGCAAGUCUCCGGAUGGUAGCUCAAUGUGUGUUGGAGGGCCUUUUAAUCCACCAAAACCAGGUGAAAAUCCUCAUAUGGCAUCCCUAGGAGUGAUAGUUCUAAAGAUAAUGAUUUUCCACUGCGGAGGGGCACUGGUUAGUCUGCGUUAUGUUCUCUCCGCUGCCAGCUGUAUACAUUGGUGGGGAUAUAAAGUAAACGUUGUCAUGCUAGGAGAGCAUGCAUCGUCCUCUUACGAGUAUGGAAAAGAAAGAUUCUUAUUAGUCACCCAGAUUGUUCAACCUAAUGGCUAUCCACCUUCUUUCCGAUAUAAACCAUCAAAAGAGAACAGAGCACGUCCUACUUCUGAAACAAUUGACAUAGCCUUGUACAAGUUGGAUAGGGAAAUUGAAAUUACUCGUUAUAUUCGUCCAGCAUGCUUGUGGUACGGACAUGGUCAGGGUUGGGGAAACCGUACUUUCGACUUCUUAGGUUGGGGCUCUCCAGACACCUACAGAAGUGAAUACUUGAAUACAUUAACAAGUGGUCUGACACAGUCUAAAUCUUGCACCAGCGAAUUUUUCAAAGAUGACACAGGAGAAAACCCUUACUACAGGGUUUUUGGAGCUCCUGUAAGCUGGCAAGUGUGUUCGAAGGGAUAUCCUGACGUAAAUGGAGAAAAUAAGGGUCCCUGUUUGUUAGACCAUGGUGGUCCUUUGCAAGAAAAAAUGAGUAAACCCUACUGCUCUACUCUACUCUUGGGAAUUUUGUCUACACGGAAUCCUUGUAAUCCCAAGACGGUACCUAAUGUUUUCAUCAACAUCUCCAACUUUUUGGGUGCAAUAGAAGACGAAUUGUGGGGGAAAUACACAUUUUUAGACCUUACAAAACAACGUUUCCAGAAGCCAUCGUGUGGAAAUGCCAAAGAGUUUUUCUUUUUUAAUAAAUGCAAAUAUGGGGAUGAUUGUUAACAGAUAUAAAAUGUUUGGCAGUAUACUAUACAAGAGUCAAUGAUACAAGUUUUAUCAUGUUUUGUAGUUGUAUAUCACAUUUGUAUUGUUCCACUCCAAGUAAAUAUUUAUGGUUUGAACCAUUUA